AUGCGGUGUGCAGAGCAGCAACCGGCACCCCACGGAACUGAGAGCCCGUCCGCCUCUCCAAAGGUGACGGAGGACAGUGCAGAGGCAUCUAGCAACACCGAUGCGCUGCGCCGUGGCCGACAGCAGCGCACCUCCUCGCCUUGCCCAACGCCGACCAGUAAGGCGCAGAUGACCCGCAUGGCAGUGCGGCAGCGUUUUCAGCAGCUGCUCAAGCGCAGCAACGCCUCCGUGCAGGCGCUUUACCGCGCCACACGCAAAACAGACGUGAUCCUGUCGUCGACGACUUCCAAGGCCACACGCACCGCGCCAGCGGCGCCGACAUCCUUUGCGUGUGUUGCGGACAUCGACGCUGCCGACGUGUUCUGGGCACUCGUCCUGUACAUGUCGGCUGCUCUUUGCUGGAGGCAGCGUCGCUUCCUCGCGGCGCCGCGCCGCGCAGACGCCUGCGUUGAAGACGUGGUGAGCAGCUCCCGAGACACAUCAGAGCGCCACUCACUGCAGCCGCACAUAUCAUCGCAACCGUCGCGGCAGGAGAGCGCGCACUCAUCGCUGAGCUCCACCGCCGACUACUUCACCGGCCACACGCCACGCGAUACAGCGGCACGGCACGGAGCUGGCGGCGGUGCAGAAGCGGACUUCUCUGCUGCGCUGCGGUCACACUACGCACUUGGUAAGGCUGCGGCCGACAACACGCCGCUCAGUCGCUGCCGUAGAGUCCUUGAGCGCUUGCUACCGCUGCUGGAAAGUCGCUUGUCUGAGGCGCAGCUGUGGCGCCAACCGUCGCUUCUCGCAGCCCUUGAUGUGCUUGCGCGAGGCUUCGCGAUGGCCGAGGACCUUGUGCAUGCUUUAUCCUCGCCAAGCGACAUGGGCACGGCUGCGCGGUGUCCGCUGUGCUACGCUGCGGCGCUGGACAACGAGCUUGCGGUGGAAGCGUUCCUGCACCUUCGCUGCUACGCUGCCGCCUAUCAAGGCGCAGAGGAUGUCGCGGAAGAUGCAGGAGCCCAGCACGGGCGGCAGCGAAGAGAGACUCGAAACGGCUUUGAUAGAGCUGAGCUGAUCCCGGGUGACGUCGGAUGGGUAGCUGCGUGUCGCAUCGCGUUGUGGAACAACUGUCGAGCCUCGCUGAUGCGGCUGUGCUGCCCACCCUUGUUCUGCACAGCCAUGUGGUGGCCUCAUCAUCAAGAAGCAUGUGAACGGGCGGGGUGCAGGCGAUAUGCGGUUCUCGAGGCUCUUUGGAUCAGCUGGUGGCGAGCGGAGGCAUGGCUGGCCUCCGGCCCUUCUUCCCCCGAGAUCACAAGCACGAGGGUCGUAAUUUCCAGGGAUGCGGCGGCGCGCUGGCGCAGCGCACUACUGUUCAUGCAAGUUGUACUACCCGCUGCUGAAGCCGCAGCGCGUGAACCCGGUGCCGAGGACUCCGGUGUCGAGGAUGGUGCGGCAGAGAAGCACCCGAACUCGCAGCGCGCCAACCACCGCGCGCUCCUCGCCCACCUCGUGCAGCUGCCGAUUGUGACCGAGCGCAUCCACACCGCUGGCACCCGCAACUGCGGCGCCUCCGGCACGGUGUUUCACUGGCUCUCGCAACAGGGAGAUGUACCGCUGCUGACCCUUCUCUGUCGUACGCUUGACGGCUGCACCGCAGCGAUAACGGCAGGCAAAGCCCCCGUGGGGCGGCCCGUUGCCGCCGCGGAAGCAGCUGCCGGACACGCCGGUCGAGCGUACAUCAUCCACCUUGGCGCUGCGCAUGCGAGGGGCGAAGGCGUCGGUGACGAUCGCCGCCACAGAGCAACUUUACCGGCACCAGAAGCAGCCGAAAGCGGUGCGGUGGCGUCCAUUGGUGGCCCGGUGAGUCAGCCAGCCCCCACAUACCCGGGUCGUGGCUUGUGCAGCUCAGUCUCCUCCGUGUGGGGCUUACACCUGAUGGACACCCUCGGCCAAAACGCCCUUGACGUGGCGUGCAGGCAUCAACAUCUGCCGUGUGUGCGCCUCCUGCUGCAGGCGGGGCUGUCACCGAACUCCCUCACAACCCUCGUCUCUGAUAAGUGCGUCGACUCGCUGCCGCUGCCGUUGCUCAGGCUGCUCUACGACCCCUCCCUUCUUGAAGGAGCGGACGGCAGCCGCGGUGCGCCGCACAUGGGACUGGCGGAGCGGCUGCGCCAGCCGACUUGCCCCGCCGCGGCUGCCUCUCGCACCCUUGCGCAGCUCGCGUUCCGGCUGUGGACAGAGAAAGUGCAGCAGCUGUCAAUGGUGCCGCAGGCAGCUGAUGGCGAGGCCUUCGCGUUGGACCAGUGGCUCAGUGCCUACACGCGGUGUCAAGCGGCCCAGGAUCGUGUCUUGCGGCCAGCAAUGGCAGCGCUGGAGUUCGACGCGUACGAGCCCGUGGCCCGUCUCGUCGUGUUGUCUGUGCUAACGCGCAAGCUGAACGACUGGUUGGCCACCGCACCGUCGUCUGUGCGCUUUGGUGCAAGCGAUCUGCCGGUCGGCACCAGCGGCAGCGUACGAGGUGACGCGGCGUCGAGUAGGUCCUCCCCCACCGUUUCACAGCUGCAGCCAGCGCCACCCUCCCUUCGGCAGCUGCGGCUGCAGCACACGGUCGCGCUGCGGCUGUACACGCAGCUCACAUGCCCGCUCGGCCGCGCGCUGCUGCGCCGCGCUGUCGACGCGCGGUGUGCCGUGUGUGACGCCCUUGCCGCACGAGAGGACAGAGCAGCAUCUGUGCUCCUCGCUGCCUCUGCAGUUAUGUCUGCUCCGUCCACUGCGGAGGCGGUCAGUGUCGGUGACGAGGUUGCGAAGAGAGACGUGGCGGUGGUGACUCCUGAAGCGUCCGUGCCGGUGCCUCCAGGGGCCUCGUCGCUGGCGCUAUCGGAACCCGUCAAGUCGCGCCAGGAGCUGCAAGGCCUCUACGAGCGCGAGCUUGCGGAUGCACACAAGCUCGACGCACGUCUUGUUGCCGAGCACCAGCAGCGCAUGUGUGCGAUGGAGGCGCGUGGCGGAUCGGAAGGGGACUACCGCCACCGUGGAACGCAUCCGCGGCACCUGCGCGCUUCCCUUGUUGCUGCUCAUGGGGUCGCAACGGUGCUACGCGGACGCCAUCAUGAGCACCACACAUGUGCAAGGCGGCACUCUCACCGAAGCGGCAGCGGCCACGAUGGCGAAGCGUGCGCCCUCUACGCGCUAGCCGUGAUCCCGUCCGCGGAGGCGCUGCAGUCCGCCCGGUGGGAAACCAGCGCAAAUCGCUGCACCGUUGAGCAGCCGCGGCCGCAGCGCACCACCGCCGGCGUGCGCCACGUCGUCGAGCCGACCCUGUGGACUUUCACGAGCGCACCACAGCAGGUCUGGCUGCGGCUGCCCGAUGGCGUCGACCUUGACCGUCUCUUACGCGAAAACGAUGGAGGCGGCUUUGGUGUGAUCGCUGACGACAUGCCGCUGACGGCGCCGGUGCAGCGUGGUGACCUCGUCACAUUCCGCUGCAGCAGCGGUAGGGAUGGCGCCGGUGGAUCGGGUGGCAUCUCUGCAAGGGUCGCGCAGCAGCAGCAGCAGCAGCAGGGCGCGAGGGCAGAAGAACGCCGCCAUAGUCCGCAGUUUGUUGUCCAGCAAAUCUUCUCGGAGCGGCGCACGCUACCAUACCUUGUCUGGAAGAGUGCGACGGCAGAGGACAAGGACCUCCAGCACCAGCCGCCUCCUGCAAGUCUCGUGCUCCCUUACGCUGUGGCCGCAGGCACGCCGGCGUGGACGCUGCCGCACAGGGCAGCGCCUCGGAGCACAAGUGGCGCCACAGACCCACGCCAGGACAGCAUAACACUGCACGCCUGCUGUUUGGCGGUGUCGUACGUGGCGCGCAUGACGUCCGCACAGCUGCACGACCGCCACCCGCUCGACUGGCUGCUGCAGACACGUCGUGCCGCCAAUUUCUCUCCGAGCGCCUCGGAAUCGGGGUCGACUGACGUGCUCACGACGCUGCAGUGGAGCGCGGAGUGGACUGCGCGGUGGGCACAGACGGUGUGGGCAGGCCACCAACCGUGUUGGCUGGAAGAGAGGAUGCGAACCACCAAUGACAGUAGCGGUGCUUCUCAAGGUCACGGCGACAGCUCACGCGAGUGCGGGACGCAUUCGAGCAGCCGCAGUCCGGGUUGCUGCACCGCAAACGGCGGACGUGACGUCGUACACUUCACAGAUCCUUUUUGCACCUUCGAUGACGCCGAUGCAGCCGAUGGGCGCGACAGCUUCGCCGUCGAUGGCGGGCGGCGUUCUCUGCACGUUCUUCGGACAUUGAUGAGCGGCGGUACUGCACCGCACGAGGCGCAGAAACUCUCUGCCGAGGUGGACUGGCCCUCUCGAGCGGAAGGCUGCAGCGCAGUGGUCACCGCCGAUGUGGUGCUGGGCAGUGCCACUGUCGUGUGA